UGAACACCUGUUUACCUCUCGACCGAAAAGAACUGAUGUCGAUAGGUAAAUCACAAAUUGAAGUGGUUCCCGCUAAUGGCUUUUCUGCUUUAGAAAAAGGUGAUUCCUCUCGUACAUCUAUGUAUGAAGAUCUUGUCCAAAAUCCUAAACUUUUUUGGGAUACGCUUCGAGAUUUUCUCGAAUCUUCUGGGCAACAUUUUAAGAUCCCUCUUAUGGAUGGAACCAGUCUCGAUCUGCAUCGGCUGUUCAUCGAGGUCACAUUGCGUGGUGGUCUUCAAGAGGUGAUCAAGAAUCGCCGAUGCACAGAAGUGAUUGGCUUAUUCAACUUUAAGACAGUUGUAACAAAUGCAGCAUCUGUUUUAAGGGCUAAUUAUGAAAGAACGCUCCUUGAGUUUGAGCAUGUGUAUUUCUUCCGAGCUCCGCGUGCUACAUUUAAGGGGAUUGAGAAAGCACCGAAACGCCCUGUCCGAAGAUCUACAAAGCGUGGCAUGGAACCUCAAGAACUUAAACCUGGCGCUAAGGUUACUGGGAUCAUCGAUGGGAAGUUUGAAAGCGGUUACCUGGUAACCGUGAAGAAGGGCUCAGUCGUGUUCAAAGGAGUGCUUUCCCCCAUUCCUCAAGCUGCUCCUAGAACUCGAAGACGCAUGAAUAAGAGAGCCAAGUUACACCCCAAAGCUUCAAUGAAUUCUUGUGCAGCGGAAACUGUAGCUGAGACCCAUGCAGCGCAAACUGUAGCUAAGACCAAUGCAGAGAAAACUGUAGCUGAGACCCAUUCAGCGGAAUCUGUAGCUGAGACCAAUGCAGAGGAAGGUGUACCUGAGAUAGAUGCAGCGGAAACUGUAGCUGCGGUCGAUGCAGCGGAAACUGUAGCUGCGGUCGAUGCAGCGGAACUGUAGCUGCGACUGAUGCAGAUGCAAGUGUAAAUGCAUCGUAGACAACUGUGGAUGAGGCAAGUGAGUUGUGUUUCUCUAUCGUUGUCUUAUUUAUUUGUUUGGAACUUUUAUAUUUAUGUUAUGAGAACUUUCGUUUAGUAAUAAGUUGUAGAACUUUCCUUCAACUAUUUCUGUUAGGAGAACUUUCGUUUCAUAAUAAGUUGUAAAACUUUCCUUCAACUAUUUCUGU